UCGUAAGUGUACGUGUGGGUAUUAUUACAAUUUCAUGGCUGAGCUUUGCCGUCACUAGUUGUUAGGUACUAGCACACGGUGGUUUCGCUUACACAUAGUCGGUCUAUGACCUUCUCCUUCUUCUUCCACUUUGACCCCUACACCCUAGAACCCCAUAAGUGAAACUCUCUCAACUCUUCAAAGUUCCCACCUUUCUGAUUCGUAGAGCCUCAAAAUAUGAUAUAUUCCCGGGGAUUUUCUAGGCUUCCUAGAAAUAGCUUCAAUGGGUUAUGUCGGUGUUUGCUCUCUAAUCGACCAGACCCACAUCAGUUCUUCGUCUCCAAAGCCUUUUCUCAGUCUCCAGGGGAUUCGACCCAGAGGAUUUUGGGUUGCAGAGAGUUUUGGCCUGCUUUCCCUGGUUCUUUAAUUUCCAGGCAUCAAAUUCACCACCAAAGUAGCUCCAUAGUUGAGGAACCACAAGACCCAUUCUUACUUGUUUCUGAUGAGCUAUCACUUAUUGCUGACCGGUUACGAGCAAUGGUUGUUGCCAAGGUUCCCAAGCUCGCCUCUGCUGCUGAGUACUUCUUUAAAAUGGGGGUGGAAGGAAAAAGGUUUCGUCCAACGGUCUUAUUAUUAAUGUCAACAGCUCUGAAUGUCAGUAUACCUGAACCUCCUACACGAUCAGAAUCUCCUAUGCGAUUGGGAGAUGCUUUCCCAACGGAAUUGCGUGCAAGACAGCAAUGUAUAGCAGAAGUGACAGAGAUGAUUCAUGUGGCAAGCCUCUUACAUGAUGAUGUAUUGGAUGAUGCAGACACAAGACGCGGCGUUGGUUCAUUAAAUUCUGUGAUGGGAAAUAAGCUAGCUGUAUUAGCAGGAGAUUUUCUACUCUCUCGAGCUUGUGUUGCACUUGCCUCUCUAAGAAACACAGAGGUUGUAUCAUUACUAUCAACAGUUGUAGAGCAUCUUGUAACAGGUGAAACCAUGCAAAUGACUACUGCUGCUGAUCAACGUUGUAGCAUGGAGUAUUAUAUAGAAAAGACAUAUUACAAGACUGCAUCAUUGAUUUCAAAUAGUUGCAAGGCAAUUGCCAUUCUUGCUGGGCAUACAACAGAAGUUGCCAUGAUGGCUUAUGAGUAUGGAAAGAAUCUGGGUUUGGCAUUCCAGCUGAUAGAUGAUGUUCUUGAUUUUACGGGCACGUCAGCAUCUCUUGGAAAGGGCUCUAUAUCUGACAUCCGCCAUGGCAUCAUUACUGCUCCAAUAUUGUUUGCCAUGGAAGAGUUCCCUCAGUUGCGUGCAGUUGUUGAACAGGGAUUUGACAACCCUGCAAAUAUUGAGAUUGCGCUUGACUACCUUGGCAAGAGUAAUGGAAUACAGAGGACAAGAGAGCUAGCAAGAAAACAUGCAAACCUUGCUGCAGAGGCCAUUGAAUCCCUGCCCGAGAGUGAGGACGAAGAUGUUAGAAGGUCAAGGAGGGCGCUUCUAGAUCUCACCCAUCUAGUCAUUACAAGAACGAAGUAAUGCAGAGAAUCUACACCACAAAUAACACACUGUUGAAGUUGAAUACUUGUGUGAUUGUUCCCGUAAGGCUGAGGAACAAUCAAGUUGUUUUGAUUAUUUAUUCUUUCAAUUAUCAAUUUUGUUCUUGAAAAGCUUUUGGGUAGUAGGUCUACAUAGUUCCUUGAUCUUUUAUAAAAUUUGCUUUAUCCUGAA